AUGGGUAACGCAGGCUGCUGUUCACGCGGCGAGGAGAAGCCUGUCUUUGAGGCCGUGUCAGCGAGUUCAAGCGGCCGAAAGAAAGCUCUGCUAGUCGGCAUCAACUACCGCAACACGGGCUCGGAGCUGCGUGGAUGCAUCAACGACGUGAACAACAUGCAGGAAAUCCUGGUGAAGCAAUACGGCUUCCGGCUCGAGGACAUCCUCAUGAUCAGCGAGGAUCAAGAGAGGAGCCGAUGGCCCUUCAAGAAGGUGAUUCUCGAGGGCAUGGACUGGCUCUACCAGGACGCAAGAAGUGGGGACAUGUUGGUGUUCCACUACAGCGGUCAUGGCUCGCAGUAUUCUGCGGAUGACAAGAGCAUGCCGUCGGACUGCAUCUGCCCGUUGGACCUGAUAAUUGACAGGAAGUGGCCAGAGUCUGUAAUCUUAGACACUGAGAUUCACAAGAAGCUCUACGACCCUUUGCCGUCGGGGUGCAAAGCGGUCUGCAUCUUUGACUGCUGCCACUCUGCCACCGUGGCCAACCUUUGCGAGACGAUGGUCGUGAAGGAGGGGCCCAUUACUGCGUCCAAGAAGGAGAAGUUGAUCAAGGAGCUCACUCGGCAGAAGGAUGCGAUCGCGGCAACGGUGCGCUUCUACCGUGAGGUCAACUCUGGCAAACUGGACAUUAAGAAGAAGAGCCGGGAAGAGAUGAUACAACUCUUGCAGAAGCAUGAGUUCCCAAAGAGGGGACCGUACGGACCCUACUCCGAUCCUGCGACCGCCAACUACAACUACCUAAUGAGCAUUUCCAUCUCCGCACUUUUCAAGGACUCCGUACAGAAUGCGGAGGCGCGCCUCGAAGCGAAGGCAAAAGCGCUGGCACACAUGCAAAGUCUGCAGCCCGGGGAAGGUGCCGAGAUCUACAUCGGAAACCUUGAGCAGGAUGAGCAGACCGCCUUCAAACGCCACAAGCGCGAUCCCGAGAAGGAGGUACGUUUGCGAUUUCUCCCGCAGCCGGGAAGGGAGCAUGAUGAGGCCCAGAGAUCCUUGGGCAACUUGGGCACCGGCCUCCACGACAUCCUCAAGCAGCCGAAGUACAAAGAUCAUCAGCUUUGGGUCUUCUCAGGCUGCCAGGAUGUGGAGACCAGCGAAGAUGCCCACGUCGAGGGCAUCUACCAGGGCGCCUUCACAUGGGCUCUUAGCAAGGCACUGAAGUCUGAUUGCUUCCGGGAGAGCUACAGCAAGUUGCUGAUCCAGAUCAAGACUUACCUUGAGAGCGGAGGCUUCAAGCAAGUCCCUGCCUUGUCCACUACACACAAGAUGUAUUUGGACUUUGGCUUCUUGGGGAGGCCUACGACGGCCGAAUGA